GUGAAAUGUAAACAUUUAGAAGAAAAGUAUUACAAAUGAUCAACAACAUACGAAGAAUGGCUUGAACACAAAAAGGUCAUCUUCUGGUGGCAUUCAAAAAGUUGAAAAUGAGAAAACGAAAGACAAAAAGCAAUACCAGGGAAAAUGACAUGAAAAGCGAGAGUGCAAUUAUAAAGGACUUUGAUUCCAUGACCCAAACUAGCGUUAACACUAUGUCGGCUAGUGAAAGUCAGGAGACCUUAAAUUCAGACCAAACAAUAGAUGACUUAAACUCUGUUUGCGUUAAAAUCGAGAUUGAUGAAUGGUGUAAUACGGCUUCUGAUUUUUAUUCUGUGUGUGCCAAAUCAGAACAGGUUCUUUAUGAGGAGAGACAUCUAAAUUGCAAGAAACAAGAUGGCUUCAAUAUAGUACAUGAACAGACAGCAUGUUUACGUAUGGAUCAAGAUUACACCAAGCAAGAUGGCUUCACCUCUGAAUGUGUGAAAUCAGAACAGACAGAAUAUGAGGAUGUCACACGACAAGCUUGUAUAAAUUCUGUAUAUGUGAACAAAAACCCCACUGCCAAUUUAAAUGAAUAUACUGUUACAGCACAAGAGAAUGCUGUGACAAGGACUGCCCCCAUUUUCCUGGGACCGGCUAAGAUGAAAUUGGUGAAAAAGGGUGACCAUGUGAAGAAAGUUAAAAGAAUGAAGAAAAUGAGAUACCCAGAAAAAGACAAGACUGUGUACAGUCUUCAAGAAAGGAACACUGGCAGCUGUAUGAACCUGGGACCUCCAGAUAAUGACCAUUUUCUCUACUGUGGAGACUGCAAUAAGGAUUUUGAAGGAGACUGCCCUGUCCAUGGACCCUACCACUACAUACAGGACAAAGAGGUGCCAGAAAUAGACCCUCUAAAAGCUGAACUUACCUUGCCAGAUUGCCUUGAAAUCAAAACAUCCAAAAUAGCUGGAGCUGGUCUUGGAGUGUUUUCCAAGGAGGGGCUGGAAUCCAGGAUCAUGUUUGGACCGUAUGGGGGAGAUAUCAUCACUGACAACCAUAAGUCAGGGUAUUGCUGGCAGACGAAGACCUAUAAGGAUGGCAAGGCGAGUCACUUUGUGGCUGCCAAGAACAAGACCACCUCUAACUGGAUGAGAAACGUGAACUGUGCUAUGACGGAGGAAGAUCGGAACCUUGUUGCAAUCCAGUACAAAGGAGGCAUCUAUUACUGCACAUUAAAGCCAGUUUCACCAGGUGAGGAACUUCUGGUCUGGUACAGAGAUAAAUUCGUCAGAGAAGUUUGCCUUAUCAGAUACAAGAACUUGUCAAUCAGUUAUUCAAAUAAAAACAGUGGUCACUUUGCGGCACACAUGAGUAUAAAUACAGAAGAGAGACGGUACAAGUGUGAGGAGUGUGGUUUUGCAUGUAAGGGGAGUGUUGACUUUAAUAAACACAUGGGGUUUCAUUCAGGAGAGAGACCUUACAAGUGUGAGGUGUGUAGUAAAGCAUUUAAACACAGUGGUGGCUUGAACAAACACAUGAGGAUACAUACAGGAGAGAGACCAUACAAGUGUGAGGUGUGUGGUUAUUCGUUUAAAAAUAAUGAUCACUUGAAGAUACACAUUAGGAUACAUACAGGAGAGAGACCGUAUAAGUGUGAGGUGUGUGGUAAAGCAUUUAAACACAGUGGUGAAUUGAAAAAACACUCGAGGAUUCAUACAGGAGAGAGACCAUACAAGUGUGAGGUGUGUAGUAAAGCAUUUAAACACAGUGGUGACUUGAACAAACACAUGAGGAUACAUACAGGAGAGAGACCAUACAAGUGUGAGGUGUGUGGUUAUUCGUAUAAAACUAGUGAUCACUUGAAGAUACACAUGAGGAUACAUACAGGAGAGAGACCGUACACGUGUGAGGUGUGUGGUAAAGCAUUUAAACAGAAUGGUAACUUGAAGGCACACAUGAAGAUACAUACAGAAGGAAGACUGUACAAAUGUGAAGUGUGUGGCCAUUCAUGUAUACAAAGUGUUCACUUGAAGACACACAUGAUGAUACAUACAGGAGAGAGACCGCCCAAGUGUAAGGUGUGCAGUUAUGCAUGUUACACGAGUUCUGACUUGAAGACACACAUGAGCAUACAUGCAGGAGAAAGACCGUACAAGUGUGAGGUGUGUGGCUAUUCGUGUAAAUAUAAUUGUCAAUUGAAGACACACAUGAUGAUUCAUACAGGAGAGAGACCAUUCAAGUGUGAGGUGUGUAGUUAUGAAUGUAACCAGAGUAGUACCUUGAAGAAACACAACAUGAUACAUACAGGAGAGAGACCGUACAAGUGUAAGGUGUGUAUUUAUGCAUGUUACAACAGUAGUAACUUGAAGGCACACAUGAGGAUACAUACAGGAGAGAGACCGCACAAGUGUGAGGUGUGCAGUUAUGCAGGUAACACGAGUUCUGACUUGAAGACACAUAUGAGGAUACAUUCAAGAGAAAGACCGCAUACGUGUUAGGUGUGUGGCUAUUCAUGUAAACAUAGUAAUUAAUUGAAGGAACCCAUGAAGGUACAUUCAGGAAAAAGGCCGUAUAAGUGUGAGGUGUGUGGCUAUUCGUGUAAAUAUAAUGGUCACUUGAAGACACACAUGGUGAUUCAUACAGGAUAGAAACCGUAAAAGUGUGAGAAUUGUAGUUUUGAAUGUAACCAGAGUAGUACCUUGAUGAAACUCAUAAGGAUACAUACAGGAGAAAGAACAUUCAAGUGUGCGGAGUGUGAUUAUGCAUGUAAGGAGAGUGGUUACUUGAAGGGACACACGAGGAUACAUACAGGAGUGGGACCGUAAAAGUGUAAGGUGUGUCACUGUGGUUAUGCAUGUUACAACCGUAGUAACUUGAAGGCACAUAUGAAGAUAAAUGCAGGAGAGAAACAAGUGUGAGGUGUGUGGUAACGAGUGGUGACUUGCAGAAGCUCAUAAGGAUAGAUAAGGGAAGAAAUAGUAACAACAUGAACAUAUUAACAUUCUCUGAAAAUUUUAAUAUUUGGUGUUUAAAACGUCUUGUUUCGAUUAUAUGUAUAUUAUAAAAACUUCAAAAAUC